UGCAUCUCGGCCUCUUUGCUCCUGUUUGCUCGCGCGGACCCUGUCCCUUGCCUAAGUCGGCAACAUGAGCGGCAACAACUUGGAUGGGAACGACGAGUUUGAUGAGCAGUUGCGAAAGCAAGAAUUGUACGGCGACGCCAAGGACGGCGACACCCAGAAGGAUCCCAGUGGAGAACCCGAUUCUUUCGGGCAGCAGCCGGCUGACACCCAGUAUGAGUGGGACCUGGAAAAGAAGGCGUGGUUCCCCAAGAUCACUGAAGAUUUCAUUGCUACAUAUCAGGCCAAUUACGGCUUUUCUAAUGACGGGGCAUCUAGCUCUACUGCAAAUGUACAAGAAGUCAGUGCUAGGACUGCAGAAGAACCUCCACAAAGAAAAACCCCUGAACCCAGUGAUCCCAAAAAGAGGGGAGAAAAGAGAAAGGCCGAAUCAGGAUGGUUUCACGUUGAAGAAGACAGAAAUACAAAUGUAUAUGUGUCUGGUUUGCCUCCAGACAUUACAGUGGAUGAAUUUAUACAGCUCAUGUCCAAGUUUGGCAUUAUUAUGAGAGAUCCUCAAACGGAAGAAUUUAAAGUCAAACUUUACAAAGAUAAUCAAGGAAAUCUUAAAGGAGAUGGUCUUUGCUGUUAUUUGAAGAGGGAAUCUGUGGAUCUCGCGUUAAAACUCUUGGAUGAAGAUGAAAUUAGAGGCUACAAAUUACAUGUUGAACUGGCAAAGUUUCAACUGAAGGGGGAAUAUGAUGCCUCAAAGAAGAAGAAGAAGUGCAAAGACUACAAGAAAAAGCUGUCUCUGCAACAGAAGCAGUUGGACUGGAGACCUGAGAGACGAGCCAACCCACCCCGAAUGCGCCACGAGCGAGUUGUCAUCAUCAAAAAUAUGUUCCAUCCGAUGGAUUUUGAGGAUGACCCAUUGGUGCUGAAUGAAAUCAGAGAAGACCUUCGAGUAGAGUGUUCAAAGUUUGGACAAAUUAGGAAGCUCCUUCUCUUUGACAGACACCCAGAUGGUGUGGCUUCUGUGUCCUUCAGGGAUCCAGAGGAAGCUGAUUAUUGUAUUCAGACUCUCGAUGGAAGGUGGUUUGGUGGCCGUCAAAUCACUGCCCAGGCGUGGGAUGGAACUACAGAUUAUCAGGUGGAAGAGACCACAAGAGAAAGGGAGGAAAGGCUGAGAGGAUGGGAGGCUUUCCUCAAUGCUCCCGAGGCCAACAGAGGCCUCCGGCGUUCGAAUUCCGUUUGUGCUUUGGAAAGGGCAGGGCCUUCUAGAGUAAGGCAUUUUUCAGAGCACCCUAGCACAUCUAAAAUGAAUGCACAAGAAGCCACAAAUGAAAUGGCGUUCGAAGAACCUAUCGAUGAAAAGAAGUUUGAAAAAACUGAAGAUGGGGGAGAAUUUGAAGGAGAUGCUUCUGAAAAAAAUGCCAAAGAGAGUGGCCCCGAGAAAGAGCCUGAAGAAGGCUACCCCCAGAAAGAAUCUGAAGAAGGCUGCCUCAAAACAGAGUCUGAGGAAGGCUGCAGUCCUGAGAAAGAGUUCGAAGAGGGUAGUCCUAAAACAGAGUCUAAAGAGAAUGGCCCCGAAUGGGAAUCCAAAAAGAAGAGGCUCAAAAAUGAUUAUGAAGAGAAUGGCCUUGAAAAGGAAUCUGACCAAGAUGGCCCCAGCAGGGAACAUGAGGAGGACGAGAGCCUCCAAAAGGAGUCUGAUGAAGACGACUUGGAAAGGGAAUCCGAAGAAGACUGCUCUGAAAAGCAGUUUGAAGAUGGCUCCGAGAAAGAAUUUGAAGAAAACGGCCUCGAGAAGGAUUCUGACGAGGACGGCUCCGACAGGGAGUUUGGUGAAAACAUUCUUGGUAGGGAGUUUGAAGACAAUGACUCUGACAAAUCGGAAUUUGGAGAUAGCAGCUCCGAAAGAGCAUUUGAGGAGGAAGUCUCCGAGAGAGAGUUUGACGAAGAGUCCGAUGACAAGGAAGAAGGGGAAGACACAUACGACAAGGUGUUUGAUGAUGAGUCAGACGACAAAGAGGACGAAGACUACGCAGACGAAAAGGGGCUCGAAGACGCUGACGAGAAGAUGCUCGAAGACUCGGAUGACAAAGAGGAGGAAGAAGGAGUAGAGGUAAAGGAAGAUGAAGACGUGGACGAAAAGAUGUUCGAAGAGGAUGAUUCCAACGGGAAGCUGUUCGACGACAAGGAUUCCAGUGAGAAGCUGUUUGACGACUCUGACGAGAGAGGGACAGUGAGGGGGGUGGGGAAUGUGAAAGACGAAGGGCCCCCCUCCACAGGCAGCAGCUUUGUCCUCAGUAGUAAGGACGACGUCGACGACAUUUAA